CCUUUAAGUACAGGCAGUGGGCGGUGUCAGCCGUGUACUCUGUGCAGUUGUGUGCGCCUUGUGCAGCGGAUCCUCCUGAGCGAGAAGCAUGGACACGGCGGGGAAGGUCAUCAAAUGCAAAGCUGCAGUUGCCUGGGAAGCGGGGAAGCCUUUGUCAAUUGAAGAAGUUGAGGUGUCCCCACCUAAAGCUCAUGAAGUCCGAAUUAAGAUCCGCUCCACUGCCGUGUGCCAUACUGACGCCUACACUUUAAGUGGGGCUGACCCUGAAGGAUGCUUCCCAGUGAUACUUGGACAUGAAGGAGCUGGCAUUGUAGAGAGUGUGGGAGAAGGCGUUACAAGAGUUAAGGCUGGAGACACAGUUAUUCCUCUGUAUGUUCCGCAAUGUGGAGAAUGUAAAUUUUGCUUGAAUCCCAAAACCAAUCUAUGUCAGAAGAUCAGGAUUACUCAAGGUCAGGGAUUCAUGCCUGAUGGAACAAGCCGAUUUACUUGCAAAGGGAAGCAACUUUUCCACUUCAUGGGCACCAGCACCUUCUCUGAAUACACAGUUGUGGCUGACAUCUCUGUAGCUAAAAUAGAGGACUCUGCUCCUCUGAAUAAAGUCUGCCUGCUGGGCUGUGGUGUUUCAACUGGUUAUGGAGCUGCUCUGAACACUGCCAAGGUGGAGCCAGGCUCGACAUGUGCAGUGUUUGGCUUAGGAGGGGUUGGUCUGGCGGUUAUCAUGGGAUGUAAAGUAGCUGGAGCUACCCGCAUUAUUGGAAUUGACCUCAACAAGGAAAAAUUUGCAAAGGCCACAGAGUUUGGUGCCACCGAGUGCAUCAGUCCUGCAGAUUACAAAAAGUCCAUUCAGGAGGUGCUGGUUGAAUUGACAGAUGGAGGAGUGGACUAUUCCUUUGAGUGUAUUGGAAAUGUCGGAGUUAUGAGAGCGGCAUUGGAGGCCUGCCAUAAAGGCUGGGGUGUAAGUGUGAUUGUGGGCGUUGCUGCAUCUGGACAGGAAAUCUCAACUCGCCCAUUUCAGCUGGUCACUGGGCGGACUUGGAAAGGAACUGCUUUUGGGGGUUGGAAGAGUGUAGAGAGUGUACCCAAGUUGGUUUCUGAAUACAUGGCCAAGAAAAUUAAGGUUGAUGAAUUUGUGACUCACAAUUUGCCCUUCAGUUCUAUUAAUGAAGCCUUUGAACUGAUGCAUGCUGGGAAGAGCAUUCGUAGUGUUUUGAACUACUAGACAUUUUGGGAAAAAUCUGUACAACCGAGCGCAAUUCUUAGUUGAAAGAUAGCAGUCUACAGUAUGGAAAAGUGUUUUCUCCAGCAAAGAAAUCUGGUUUCAAUCUCUCUUAACUGAUUACCUUUAUUUCUGACAUCAGCUAAUUUUGUAAUCUAGCUCAUUUCUAAUAAAUGUUUUUUUCUCUUGG